UCUUACCAGUCUUCGUCUCAUCUCCAACUCGCCUUCUCCAUUCAUUCUCCACCAUUGAAACUUAUCUCACCUCACCGCCCCCAAAAAAAUCUGCAGCGUUGAUGAUCACGAUUGGAACAUCCUAUAAGAUGCCUGUAUCUCUACCCUUUAUUUGAUUCACUUCCCCAUACCCUCGGAAACAUGAUGCUAAGGAGCUCUUCUACGCCCAUUCUUGGAUCCCUGCUUUCUUCCCAUGGAGACAGCGGCGGCGCCCAACUUCACCACCACCACCAAUUACCAGAAAGCAUAACCCCAAACCAAACACCAUCUUCUGCUCAUCACAAGAAAUUGAUCUCUGUAAACCAUGCCCAUAUCGGAUUCCAGAGCUUCACUAAACUUUCUUUCAAUUCUUCUCCGAAUAUUUCUCCCGCAGUUAGCCUGCCGUUUUCCGGUAACGGGUUUCGGAGAGCUCAGUCGGAGGGGAAUCUGGAAGGUUUAACAGCCGAUGCUUUGUGCAACAACGCCGAUGAAUUCAGCCUAGCAGUUCCGCUGCGGAAAUUUGCGCGCAAGCCUCGCGCGUCGUUCUUGGAAGCCAUUCCGUCUUUCUCGCUGAGGAGUCACGGGGAAGACGAGGAGGAGAGUGAUGAGUAUGAAGAAGCGGAUGAGGAAUGGGAGGCGUUUGGUAGCGCUAACUCCGGCUUGAGUGAGGAAUUGAAAUCGUGUCUCAGCAAAUUCCCAGCUUUGGAAGUCGCCGGCGUUGGAUUUGGUAGCGGCGGGUAUCCUGUCGGAGGAAGCCACGGCGGAAGGGGUGGGGUUGACGGCGGUGACAGCCAUGGGAUUAGUACAGAAGAGCAUUACAGGAAAAUGGUGGAGGAGAAUCCGAGCAAUCCUCUGCUGUUAAGGAAUUACGCUCAGUUCUUAUACCAAACGAAGAAGGAUGCUAAGAAAGCAGAGGAAUAUUACUCCAGGGCGAUUCUAGCGGACCCGGGUGAUGGAGAAGUUCUGUCACAGUACGCAAAGCUUAUCUGGGAGGUCCACCGCGAUGCAGAAAACGCGACGAGCUAUUUUGAACGGGCGGUUCAGGCCGCUGCAGGAGACAGUCAUGUUGAAGCUGCAUACGCUAAUUUUCUGUGGGAGGUGGAAGACAACGAGGAAGAAGAAGAUGAUGAUGGUGUUCAUAUGCCGACAAUCACCCAUCAACGACCAAUGGCUUCUGCAUCUGCUUGCUAGAAGGCAAGGGAGGGACUUCAAUUCAUAAUUAAGUUGUGAAAUCUCCUUUUUUUUUCAAUAGAGGGUAUCUUAUUAGCUAGCUCCUAGGCCCUAGCUGCAUUUUACUAUUCUAUACUAUUAGCAGCAAAACUCAUUGCCGUUUAUAAGAUGUUCAUAUAACACUAGUCUUUGGUAUACCCCUCGUGCCAUAAUGUCUUUGAAACAAA